AAUGGAGUUUCAGUUUCCUGGAGGCCAUCUGUGGAGUUUCCAGGGAACCUGUAAGUGCAUGCCUCGUUCAAAGCUUAUCAGAGAUGCCGCAGCCUUCCUGGUAUCUUUAUGGGUUUGCCUCCUAAAAUAUUCAAAUCAAUCCUUCAACCCUGUGAUCAUUUGUCCUCCAGAAGUCUUACUGUUUCUAAUGAAAUCACUUCCAGCAAAGCGUAUUCUUGUGGAAAUUUAACGUCCAUUUCUGAAGGCCAGAAGGGAGGUGGGGCUAAUAAGUUUCAGUCUCUUCCCUGCAAGCCUGUCCUAAAGAGCAGUGACAGACUUCUAGUGCUUACAUGCAAUCCCAACAUAAACAAGUUUAUUGAUGCUUUGGGGUGUAAUUCCUUUUUGUGCUCCAGGUACCGAGGAGAAGGCAUUGUAUUUGGGACACCAGAGGAGGUGUGGGACUGUGUGAAGCCGGCUGUUGGGGGCCUGCGAGUGAAGUGGGAUGAGAAUGUGAAUGGUUUUGAAAUUAUCGAAAGCAUCACUGAUACCCUGUGCGUAAGCAGAACUUCCACCCCCUCGGCUGCCAUGAAGCUCAUUUCUCCUAGAGACUUUGUGGACUUGGUGCUAAUCAAGAGAUAUGAGGAUGGGACCAUCAGUUCCAAUGCCAGCCAUGUGGAACAUCCGUUAUGCCCCCCGAAGCCAGGCUUUGUGAGAGGAUUUAACCAUCCUUGUGGUUGCUUCUGUGAACCUCUUCCAGGGUAAGGUUAAUUUCCUGCAUUGAGGUACACGGCUCGGAUCUGACUGUGGCUUCCCUGUGGACCUUCUGUGAAAAGGAGCACUUUGAUCAUGAUUCAUUAGAAGAAAAAUGCCUUACAGCUCUUUAGAUUGUGACAAUACAAAAUGCUUUCACACACGUCUGUGACAUCAUACAUGAAAGUACCUGGUACACGGGGAAGAAUUGAGGGGGGCGUUACUCUUACUAUUUUUGAUGCAGAAAAUUUUCCCUGCAGCCUACAGCUUAGGUCAAUGUAAUGGUCCAUUUAGCAAAUGAGGACAUUGAGGUUUGGGGAGGUUAAGUGAUGUGUGUGGAGUCAAAGGCUAGGAGGUUGGCAGGGCAGGACCUGUGCUCUGAGACCUCCCUGAGCACCCCCAGCCAGCCAGGAGCAGCUUUGAGGAUAGCUGUCCCCACCCCACAUUUCACACAGCGAUCAUUUCUCUUCAGUGACAAAUGUGGCAGCGCUCAGGCCUAAUGGGCAGUGCUGAGACCACACUGUAAUCAGCCUCAGAAUCAAGCCCAGGCACCCUCUGUUCCCAUUUUGCCACAGGUCAUGGUCAGGCUCUUACCAGGAAUUUUCCAUGUAAUGAAUUACCUGAAGGUUUCUAGUUUAUCCUGCAAGUUGACAGCAAAAUAAAUUGCACCUCGCAGGUGUGUCCCAGUGUUCCUGCAUUCUCCGUAUGGAUGCCUGGAGGGAAGGGGUCUGGGCCUCGACCACAUUGUCCCGGGAGGGUGGACCUUGGUGCUAUGGAAUUUUACCAAAUCCAGACCUAGCAAGGUUAUGUUACCCUCUUUGCUAAGCUGGCUUUUCAGAUAUCAUGUGAGGUCUUUUCUUAGACGUAACAAAAUUUUGAGCUUGAAAAUAGCAGUGUGCCCUACCACACGCAUAUACACACGUGCGUUCAGUUUCAGUUUCCCCGAUAGGUAGGUGCCCUGGAUCCCUGCCCUGAGCUCAUUCCCUUGUCCUCUCCCUCCUGGUAGUCAGAAGCUAAGAUUCACCUUUCUAUGGUGCCAGGUCUGACAGAGAGGAAUUUUCAGAAUAAGAGGCAGAGCCCUUUCUUCUUAGGGGCUGAAUCCCAUUGCUGUCUUCUUUUGGUUGGAAUCCUUCAUGCCAGGUAGCAAAGGUAUCACAUGGAUUCUGUUUUUUGUUUUUGUUUUUUUUUUGAGACACAGUUUUGCUGUCACCCAGGCUGGAGUGCAGUGGCGUAA